AUGGACUUUACGUCCUCCUUCCACCGGUCCAAGCGUCCGCGCUCCGAAGAUCCUCCCACGUCGAGCACUACGAGUCCAUGGCGACUACCAGCCAAUCAGACGCUUGUGGACAAUCAAAAGUACCUGAACGAGCAGCUGCAACACGUCGUGGCGCUGUCAUCGAUGUUGGGGGCUCGCUCUUCCGGUCUGGAGAACGGUACUAGGAGAUUUUUAGCCAAGGAGAAGGCAGCAGAAGACGACGUAGACAAAGUCUGUACUCUGGAUCUAGCCAAAGUCUGGAGACUGCUAAGUGUAGGAAUGACGCAACAGACAGAGGAGCAAAUGAGGGCUGAGAGUGGAGUGAGAGAGGUCAUGGACCUCGUGAGUUAUCUGCUCUACGUAAGGGACCGCGAGCUGGAUCGUCAGAAUCGACUAAGCGAGAAUUUAGGCAGAGUGGAAAAGCAAUUGGAGAGGAAAAAUCACAUCGUGCAGACUCUGACGACGGAUCUUGAGAUGUUGAAGCAGAACUUUGCUCAGAAAGAAAAUGCAUUCAAGGCUAAGGAGAAGAGUUUAUUGGCUGAAAGAAAGACGCUGCAGGUGGAGAAGAAAGCGCUGGAAGUCAACUGCGCCAGGUUACAAGGUGUGGAGACGGCGUAUAAAGCGCAACUGAGGAGAAAAGACGUCGACUAUGCACGGCUCAAAAAAAGUUUACAGGAUGCAGUUGCACGAGCUGCUAAGGAGAAGCGAGGCAUGGCGAUAGCAAAGACUUUGAAUGGACUUCGAGAGCGAAAACAGGCUUCGACGACGAAGCAGUCCAAGGAGAGCAAGCUUACGAAGCAGAUUAUGGAUAAUUUGGAGCGUAAGAAAGCCGAGCUACUGUUAGACAACGAAGCGCUGGCAAAGAGCUACGAUGCGUUGCAACACCACUUGGAAUCGCUCACGUCGCAGUACAAGAAGGCUGUUCAACUCUUCCUUGCCCAGAAAAACUUGGAGGGUGAUGCUGAAGAAUUGGAGAAACUGGCGAGAGCUCCUAUUGACGACUUUACUCCAACACCGUUCAACAUGGCUACAAAAGAAAGCAUUCCGCAGUACAUUUCUGCAUCAAUGGAGGCUUUGGACGGAAAGUUGAAGCAGCUCGAGCACGUCAUUCGCAAUGAACUACCAUCCGCAGAAGCUCGUAGUGAUCGAGAGGUGAUCAAGCGAUUGCGACGGAAGCUGGACGACGCACACGCCAUUAUCAAGGAGCAAGACCAGCUGCUUCAAGCGUCGUUAUCGUCCCCUGCAGUUGACGAAGAGAUGGCGCAGGAGAAAAGCGAGCUGGCUGUGCUUCGCCAGAAUCUGGAGAAGGAACGCAGACUCUUGCAAGAGCAGGCUGUCAAACUUGACAAAGACCGCUUGGAGUUUGAGGUGAGCAGCAACUAA